CUCAAUCUGAAAAACUAUAUUGUUCUGCUACUUAGUUCUAAUAGCUAUCUAUAAAAAAAAUAGCUACCAUGCUUCAUUUAUAUGUUACUGACACAGGAAGAACAUAAGUCCUUGGUUCACUGGACUGGUACAGCAAUUUUGGGGAGGUAAAUUUCAGGCAAUUUUUGUUUGUUUGUUUGUUUGUUUUCCUGCAUCACAAGGGUUUUAACUUUUUUUUUUUCUUUUUUAGAGGGAAAAGUUGUGAUAAAGGCCAAUCCUUUUUGUCUGAAAUACCUGAGUCCCCAGCUACUUCAUCUUACAGGAAUAUCAUCCAAAAAGAAGAAAGAGGAGCGUCCAUGUACCAGCAAUGGAGAUACAGGUGAGCAACCGUUUUCAUGUUCUCUCCACAGGUACUAAUGCAGAGAGUGGAGUAGAUGAUACAUCUGAGGGAAGGGAGCAGAAGGAGAAUCCAUCGAUUGGAAGGCAUGAAAUGCACUGUCCUAAGGAUGGGGGUUUCACGGCCACCACUCCCAAGAGAAGGAGGAGGGUGGUGGUGGUCGGGGACUCCCUCCUCAGGGGGACUGAGUCAUCUAUCUGCCACCCUGACCGAGAAAACCGAGAGGUCUGCUGCUUGCCAGGAGCUAGGAUUCACGAUGUGAUGGAGAGACUGCCAAGACUCAUCAAGCCCUCGGAUCGCUACCCCUUCCUGCUUCUCCAUGUGGGCACCAAUGAUACUGCCAAGAAUGACCUUGAGCAGAUCACUGCAGACUACGUGGCUCUGGGAAGAAGGAUAAAGGACUUCAGGGCACAAGUGGUGUUCUCGUCCAUCCUCCCUGUGCAGGAAAAAGGCCUGGGUAGAGACCGUCGAAUUGUGGAAGUCAACAAAUGGCUACGCAGGUGGUGUUGGAGAGAAGGCUUCAGAUUCUUCGACCAUGGGAUGGUGUUCCUAGAGGGAGGAGUGCUAGGCAGAGAUGGGCUCCACCUAACGAAGAGAGGGAAGAACAUCUUCGCAAGCAGGCUGGCUAACCUAGUGAGGAGGGCUUUAAACUAGGUUCACCGGGGGAAGGAGACCAAAGCCCUGAGGUAAGUGGGAAAAUGGGAUACUGGGAGGAAGCACGAGCAGGAGAGUGCAAGAGGGGAGGACUCUUGUCUUAGACUGAGAAAGCAGGACAAUCAGCGAGUUAUCUUAAGUGCCUAUACACAAAUGCAAGAAGCCUGGGAAACAAGCAGGGAGAACUGGAAGUCCUGGCACAGUCAAGGAAAUAUGAAGUCAUUGGAAUAACAGAGACUUGGUGGGAUAACUCACAUGACCGGAGUACUGUCAUGGAUGGAUAUAAACUGUUCAGGAAGGACAGGCAGGGCAGAAAAGGUGGGGGAGUUGCAUUGUAUGUAAGAGAGGAGUAUGACUGCUCAGAGCUCUGGUAUGAAACUGCAGAAAAACUGAGAGUCUCUGGAUUAAGUUUAGAAGUGUGAGCAACAAGGGUGAUGUUGUGGUGGGAGUCUGCUAUAGACCACCAGACCAGGGGGAUGAGGUGGACGAGGCUUUCUUCCGGCAAGCAGCAGAAGUUACUAGAUCGCAGGCCCUGGUUCUCAUGGGAGACUUUAAUCACCCUGAUAUCUGCUGGGAGAGCAAUACAGCGGUGCACAGACAAUCCAGGAAGUUUUUGGAAAGUGUAGGGGACAAUUUCCUGGUGCAAGUGCUGGAGGAACCAACUAGGGGCAGAGCUCUUCUAGACCUACUGCUCACAAACCGGGAAGAAUUAGGGGAAGCAAAAGUGGAUGGGAACCUGGGAGGCAGUGACCAUGAGAUGGUCAAGUUCAGGAUCCUGACGCAAGGAAGAAAGGAGAGCAGCAGAAUACAGACCCUGAACUUCAGAAAAGCAGACUUUGACUCCCUCAGGGAACUGAUGGGCAGGAUCCCCUGGGAGAAUAACAUGAGGGGGAAAGGAGUCCAGGAGAGCUGGCUGUAUUUUAAAGAAUCCUUAUUGAGGUUGCAGGAAAAAAACAUCCCGAUGUGUGGAAAGAAUAGUAAAUAUGGUAGGCGACCAGCUUGGCUAAACUGUGAAAUCCUUGCUAAUCUUAAACGCAAAUAAGAAGCUUACAAGAAGUGGAAGAUUGGACAAAUGACCAGGGAGGAGUAUAAAAAUAUUGCUCAGGCAUGCAGGACUGAAAUCAGGAAGGCCAAAUCACACUUGGAGUUGCAGCUAGCAAGAGAUAUUAAGAGUAACAAGAAGGGUUUCUUCAGGUAUGUUAGCAACAAGAAGAAAGUCAAGGAAUGUGUGGGCCCCUUACUGAAUGAGGAAGGCAACCUAGUGACAGAGGAUGUGGAAAAAGCUAAUGUACUCAAUGCUUUUUUUGCCUCUGUCUUCACG